CUCCAAACUAACAUGGCAGUCAGACUGUGUGAUGUGGCUUCUCUGCUUAGAAGUGGUUCGUGGGCAGCAGAGCCUUGGACUGGGCAGGUAAUUGCUGCCAUGGAAACACAACUGUCUAAUGGUCCAACUUGCAAUAAUACAGCCCAUGGUUCAACCGCCAUAAACAAUUGCUCAUCACCGGUUGAUUCUGGGAACACAGAAGACAGCAAGACCAAUUUAAUAGUCAACUACCUUCCACAGAACAUGACACAAGAGGAGCUGAAGAGUCUGUUCGGCAGCAUUGGUGAGAUAGAAUCCUGCAAGCUUGUCAGGGACAAAAUAACAGGACAGAGCUUGGGUUAUGGUUUUGUGAACUACGUUGACCCCAAGGAUGCUGAAAAAGCUAUCAACACUCUGAAUGGAUUGAGACUUCAAACUAAAACCAUAAAAGUUUCCUACGCACGACCAAGUUCAGCUUCUAUUAGAGAUGCAAAUUUGUAUGUUAGUGGACUUCCAAAAACAAUGACCCAGAAAGAACUGGAACAGCUCUUUUCCCAAUACGGACGCAUUAUUACUUCUCGUAUUCUGGUUGACCAAGUCACUGGAGUAUCAAGGGGUGUGGGUUUUAUCCGGUUUGACAAGCGAAUUGAAGCAGAAGAGGCUAUCAAGGGUUUGAAUGGCCAGAAACCUCCAGGUGCCACAGAGCCCAUCACUGUAAAGUUUGCUAACAAUCCAAGCCAAAAAACCAAUCAGGCUAUCCUUUCCCAGCUGUACCAUUCUCCAAACAGAAGGUAUCCAGCACCUCUAGCACAGCAGGCUCAACGUUUUCGGUUGGACAAUCUGCUCAACAUGGCUUAUGGAGUAAAGAGAUUUCCUCCAAUGACCAUUGAUGGAAUGACCAGUUUAGCUGGAAUUAAUAUCCCUGGACAUGCAGGAACUGGAUGGUGCAUUUUUGUGUACAACUUGGCACCUGAUGCUGAUGAGAGUAUCCUCUGGCAAAUGUUUGGACCCUUCGGAGCAGUAACCAAUGUGAAGGUCAUCCGUGACUUCAACACCAACAAGUGCAAAGGCUUUGGAUUUGUGACUAUGACAAACUAUGAUGAGGCAGCUAUGGCAAUAGCCAGCCUGAAUGGAUACCGCCUUGGGGACAGAGUAUUGCAGGUCUCUUUCAAAACAAACAAAACGCACAAAGCCUAACAAGUUAUUCUCAGUGCAUUAAUACAUUGAAACUAUACAACAAAGGCGAUUUACGGGAAGCUUUGUGCGUUAGUAAAUGCCUUUGUUGUAUGCCAGUGUGGAAAUGGGGAUAAAAUGACUACUUAGCAUCCUAAGAAUAUGUGAGAUUUUUUUAUUGCUAAUAUUUGAAUUCAAACUUCUUAAAUAUCUUUUGUGUUUGAAUAUUGACAAGAGGUACAGGGUUUUUACCUGUCACAAUGCAUAUUCUAUUGCCUUCUUUGAAGAAGGUGGACCUUUUAAAAUGUUUCAGCUAAGGGAAGAAGUUUUUUCUUUUUACAUGACUGCCUUUAUCCUAUGAGUAAAUAUUGAGGCUUUGUGUUAUACUUUCAGUUUUUGUUAUUUCUUGAUUUGCCUUGUGUUUAAUUUGCAUUUCAAUGCAUUGCUGUUCUGUUGUUCAAGAAAAGUAUUUGAGGUUUACAUUUUAUUUAUGAAGUUAUGAGCAGUAUUUAUUUUAUAAUUAUCAUUUGGGUUGGGGAAUGGGAACACAUUAUAAAAGCUUAUUGUAAGAAUACUGGAGAACUUUUCGUAAAGCAGUACCUUGCCAAAGAGAUAAGAGCCUCUUUGAUGUGGGUUUAAAAAAGCAUCUAUUUUUA